UGACACAUUCGAUCACUUCUAUACACUAUUUUUAUUCUAGUUUAGCAUCAUUUUUAUCGUUUGAUCACAAUUGAAAGUAAACAUUAAAAUUAUUGUUGAUUGUUAUUUAUCUGUUAUGUUAAUUAGUAACAAAUCUAUACUAUAAGGAGUUAUCUACAAAAAUAAAUUCUGAACAUAAAUCUGCUUUAUUCAAACCUUUCUCAGGAUAUGGCUUCUUUUGAAUGUGGAAGGCAAAUUAAGAGGGAGGUUCAAACUGUUGAUGAAGUUCCUUUUCAAAGACAUGACGUGAAAUCUGAACCGGGUGAAGCUGAAAUGUUCAGUAAAUGUGGAAGAAAUGGCGAUGCCUCUGAUACUUACAUGUCUACCAACGAUUUGGACGAAAAUGAUGAAUUGAAAGUAAAUAUGCCUAUAGAUAAGUUUGAUCCAGAAGAAAUCAAAAUUGAAAAAAUUUGUUUUAUUCCUUAUUUUGAUCUCAAAUCUGAAAAGUGCGAGAAGGCAAUUAAGGAAGGUUCCAAUUUGAAAGAAUGUGAAGAAGAAUCAUUCAGUCAUGAAAAUGGGUCCAGUAAUAGCUGGAGAAACCAUAAUGAGUCUCGUGCCAUACUACUUGAAAAUAUAACAGAGGGUUCGAAGCCUUCUGUUGGUUUUACCAAGGAUACUGGAAACAUCCUUGUUGAAAUAAAGGAAGAAACUAUCUUCGAGGAGAAGAAAGAUAUUCUCACUGAAAAUAUUCCAUCAGGUCCAGAAGGAAUGGAGUUUGUUGUUGAAAAUGAUCAUGUAAAGCAUAAGAUGGUACCAACAAUAGUUGAUGAACAAUACUAUUCUACAAACUGUUUGAAUUCAAAAACCAGUGAAAAACUGCUUACUGGAAAAAAACCAUUCCAGUGUAAAAUCUGCUCUAAAUCAUUCAUUCAGGAAAGUGCUUUGAAGUACCAUGAAAAGAUACAUUCUGUGCUUUGA